UUUCCUCCAAGCUCGGCAGUGUGUGAAAAUUAAAGAAUAGCAUCAGAAUAGCAACCGUCUUUUGAGAGGGAAAUUUAUAUCUGAACACAUCAAAGUUUCUUUGAACACAAAUAAAUUUCACUGAAGUUGUCAUGGAAGAACAAAAUGUUGAACAAAACACCAGUAGCAGGUCAUGUGCGAGGGAACCGAAAACCGAAGCAAGAGCCCCAAACCACAGAGUUGUUUUGAGUACAGCAUGCUUUGCCUUCAUAUGUAUUUUCCUUUUGGCUGCCAUUGUGGUACUGCAUUUCAAGCUCAUGGCAGAUAAAGAUAUCAAAGUUUCACACAUGUUACAAUCCAAUUCAAAAUGUCAAACUGAGAAAGACCAGCUACAGAAGAACUUCAACUCUUUGAGUGAGAAUAAUCAAGAGUUGAGAAGAGAGAAUCAAGAGAGAAAAGUCAAUGAUCCCACUUUUGAAAAAAGCCAGUUACAGAGAAAUCUUGACUCUUUCAAACAAGAGAAUCAGAGGUUGGAGAAAAGAGUCAAUGAUCUCGCUUCUGAAAAAAGCCAGUUGCAGAGAAAUUUUGACUUUUUGAAUCAGACAAACAUUGAGCUAGAAAAGACAGUCAAUAAUCUCACUUCUGAAAAAAGCCACUUACAGAAAGGGUUUGACUCUUUGAGUCAGGAGUGUCAGGAGUCACAGAAAAGAGUCAAUAAUCUCACUUCUGAAAAAAGCCAGUUACAGAGAAGUGUUGAAUCGUUCGAACAAAAGAAUCAGAAGUUGGAGAAAAGAGUCAAUCAGCUGUCUUCUGAAAAAAGCCAGUUACAGGGAAGUUUCGAUUCUUUGAAUCAGACGAAACUGGAGCUGGAAAACACAGUCAGUAAUCUCACUUCUGAAAAAAGCCAGUUGCAGAGAAAUUUUGACUUUUUGAAUCAGACGAACAUUGAGCUAGAAAAGACAGUCAAUAAUCUCACUUCUGAAAAAAGCCAGUUACAGAAAGGGUUUGACUCUUUGAGUCAGGAGUAUCAGGAGUCACAGAAAAGAGUCAAUAAUCUCACUUCUGAAAAAAGCCAGUUACAGAGAAGUGUUGAAUCGUUCAAACAAAAGAAUCAGAAGUUGGAGAAAAGAGUCAAUCAGUUCUCUUCUGAAAAAAGCCAGUUACAAAGAAAUUUCGACUCUUUGAAUCAGACGAAACUGGAGCUGGAAAAUAUAGUCAAUAAUUUCACUUCUGAAAAAAGCCAGUUACAAAGAAAUUUUGACUUUUUGAAUCAGACGAAAAUGGAGCUAGAAAAGGCAGUCAAUAAUCUCACAUCUGAAAAAAGCCAGUUACAGAGAAGUGUUGAAUCAUUCGAACAAACGAAUCAGAAGUUGGAGAAAAGAGUCAAUCAGCUCUCUUCUGAAAAAAGCCAGUUACAGGGAAGUGUUGAAUCUUUAAGUCGAGAGAAUCUGGAGUUAAAGACAGAACUGAAAAAGUUAUUUGAGACAGAUUUGUUCUUGUCCAGUGAAGCAAUGAGCUGGUCUGACAGCAGGCAGUACUGCAGGGAUCGUGGUGCUGAUCUGCUCAUUAUCAAAAGUAGUGACAAGCAGAAAUUCAUUUCUUCAUUUGUCAAGGAGGCUGUGUGGAUUGGUUUAUCUGACAUAGAAAAUGAGGGAACAAUGAAAUGGGUGGAUAAUUCACCACUGACACAAGGGUUUUGGUAUGGGAGCGAGCCAAAUAAUGCGGGUGGAGAUGAGGACUGUGUUGAACUGAUACCUUCAUUUGCUGUCCUGGCAAACUGGAAUGAUGCCCCGUGCACAAAUAAGAAAAGAGGGAUUUGUGAGAAGUAGCAUUGCUUCCUUCAUCUUUCUGAUAUUUUAAUAAUGCUUUUUAGUUAGUUUUAGAGCAUCAAUUGCAGGUUUCUGGCAGCAAAACAUUGUAAUAAUACAAUAAUUAAUUUUAUGAUUUCAUUGUUUAAAAAAAAAAAGAAGUCAUUUUUGUUUUUUACUGCAGUAAUAAAACUCACAGCAUUCUGUUACACAUGGGCUGAAUUAUGGGUAAUCUCAGACAACAAACCUGUAUGUUAAUAUGACCUUAUUCUAUCUGUUAUCAUACAUCUCAUUUCUUGAUCUGAAGUGUUGAAGUAACAAUCACAGUGUACAAGUGGCCAGAUUUAACUAAUUCGCCCCUUUUAUUCUGAUAUUGAGUGUCUGUGAAACUGCUUUUGA